GAGACAUAUUAUUGAAUAUGUUUAUGAAGUAUUGGAAAAGUUAUUAUUAAUGAAUAAAGUAUUGGUACAAAAAGAAACUCUACCAAUAUAUUAUUCUGGUUAUUUAACACCUCCAACAUCAACAUCAAAUAUGAGCAUUAUGAGCUCAAGAUCUGACAUUAGUUUAAAUGAUAGUUUAAGCACUAGGUUUGAUCCAAAUACUGAAGUUGUUGAUACAAAUGUUAAAGUUCAUUCAUGUCAGAUCUCAGUAAAAUUUGUAAAAACGUGUGUCAAAGUGGUAAAAAAUAAAUUAUCUACACAUAAAUGA